AUGGCUAUAGCAGGACCUCCUGGGAAGUGGCUGGUCAGUGCCCUGAUCACAGCCCUGAUUCUGGGGGGCACAGAGCCCCUUCUGGCGAACGAUGUGACCUGCGACAACCCCCUGCCGCCGGGGGCCCUCCGGCCGCACCCGGGAGCUCGGGCCGGGGAGGACACCAGGUCGGACGACAGCAGCAGCCGCAUCGUGAACGGGACCGAGUGCGACCGGGACGCCCAGCCGUGGCAGGGCGCGCUGCUGCUGUCCAACAGCCAGCUGUACUGCGGCGCCGUGGUGGUGCACCCGCAGUGGCUGCUCACGGCCGCCCACUGCCACAAGCCAGUUGUCCGAAUCCGCCUGGGCCACCUUUCUCUGUCUCCUGUCUAUGAAUCUGGGCAGCAGCUGUUCAAGGGGAUCAAAUCCAUCCCCCACCCCGGCUACUCCCACCCAGGUCAUUCCAAUGACCUCAUGCUCAUCAAACUCAACCGAAGAAUCCACGAGAGCCAGACCGUCAAACCCAUCAGCAUCUCCUCCCGCUGCCCAUCUGCGGGCACCAGCUGCAUAGUCUCUGGCUGGGGCACGACCAGCAGCCCCAAGGUUAACUUCCCGAAGGUUCUGCAAUGCCUGAACAUCACCAUACUGAGCCAGGAGAGGUGCAAGGCUGCCUACCCGGGACAGAUAGACGCCACCAUGUUCUGUGCUGGCGACCAAGAUGGCCGAGACUCCUGCCAGGGCGACUCUGGGGGUCCUGUGGUCUGCAACAACUUUCUCCAAGGCCUCGUGUCCUGGGGGGAUUUUCCCUGCGCCAAGCCCAACAGACCUGGUGUCUACACCAACCUCUGCCAGUUCAACAAGUGGAUCCAGGACACUAUCAGGUCCAACUGA